UGGGUCAGAGUUGGGUGCAGCUCCACCGCUCCACCAGAGAAGGAAGCGGAGUUUCCGGCUGUUUGCAGCGGAGGGAGAGGAUUGCUGACGCCGCGAAACCCCGAGAAAAACGCAGCCAGCUCGGGGGGCUAACACUUUCUAGUAUAGGUAGUGGUCAUUUGCUUUCGUAUCGGGGGAUCUGGGGGCUGGUGAGUUUUUUUUUUUUACGAUCCGUGGAAGUCGGACAGCAAACCGAGCAAAGAAGCGGCACAAGGCGGGGGUGAGCCACCAGCUACCGGCAUGGCCAGGGACUACGAUUACCUCUUCAAGCUGCUCAUCAUCGGUGACAGCGGAGUUGGGAAGAGCAGUCUCCUCCUGCGAUUUGCAGACAACACAUUUUCAGGUAGCUAUAUCACCACGAUCGGCGUGGACUUUAAGAUCCGGACAGUGGAGAUCAACGGGGAGAAGGUGAAGCUACAGAUCUGGGAUACAGCAGGGCAGGAGCGCUUCCGCACCAUCACCUCCACAUACUACAGGGGGACGCACGGGGUCAUAGUGGUAUACGACGUCACGAGUGCCGAGUCCUUCGUCAACGUCAAACGAUGGCUACAUGAAAUCAACCAGAACUGUGACGACGUGUGCCGAAUAUUAGUGGGAAACAAAAACGACGACCCCAACUCCAAGGUGGUCGAGACGACCGACGCGCAGAAGUUUGCAGAGCAGAUGGGAAUCAACCUGUUUGAGACGAGUGCAAAAGAGAACAUCAACGUCGAAGAGAUGUUCAACUGCAUCACCGAGCUAGUGCUAAGAGCCAAGAAGGAGGUGCUCGCCAAGCAGCAGCAGCAGCAACAGAACGACGUGGUCAAACUCACCCGGAACAGUAAACGAAAGAAAAAGUGCUGCUAGCAAACUCGAAGCCAUCCACAAAAAAAAAAAAAAAAAAGGCCAGCAGGGUCUUUUUUUUUUCUUUUUUCUUUUUUCUUCCCUCUUCACACAUGCAUAUACACAAGCUGGGACUCAGAGCAUCUAAAUUAAAGAGCAGAUAAAGAUUUAAUAAAUAUACGGUGAAAGAUGAAAAAAAAUAAAAAGAAAAAGGAGAAAAUAAAAAAGUCCCCUUUGGACAAACUAAUCAUGAAGACUACAAAACAAGUGUACAGAUUUUAUUAGACGUCAGAUCAAGUUUUAUUUGGAAUUCAGCAGACGGGCACUAUUGACCUGAGGUCCUCCUUUUGUUAAAGGAUCUGCGAGCUGACAAGUGAACGCCACAAUGCUCCGAUUUCUCUCCACAUAACCCCCCACACACACACACACACACACACACACACACACCCACCCCCUCCGCGACUCAGUAUCUCAGCCCUCCUUCUCAUUCCACUGCACACGGGACAUUCAGAGUCACGUCAGACUCUGCACCUGAGGAGGAGGAGGGUUUCACCUUUUUUCUGGAUUUUUUUGUUUGUUUCUUUAAUAAUUUUAUUUGUUUUGGGGGUUGGUUGGUUGGGAGGUGUGUCUGAGUAAGAGUGGAGGUGUCACCACCUCUCUACCGUUUCAACAUUUCAGACACCUGUGUUACCACAGCUCACGCUAAGAGAUCAUGAACUGCUAGAUUUUUUUUUUAUUAUUAUUUGACUUGUUGCGAGGGGGGGGAUCCCACAGAUGAUGAUGACAAUUGGUAGACGACCUAUAGCAACUAAUCCAUGGACAGAACUGGUGACUUCUCGUGUUUAUUUUUUUUGUCUAUAUUUUGCCAAGCUUUCCCACCCUCUCCCCUCUAACCUCCAAUAGUGCUGAGCCAACAGUCUUUUUUUUCUUUUUCUUCUUCUUCUUUUUUUUUUUUUCUUUUUUAAAGAAGCAGAGCAGUUGAACCGCUCCUGGAGCUCUUGGAUGUCCGGCCUCUGAAAGCACCGUUCACCAUUCAGUCUUACUACUGCUUUCAGACUUUGCUUUUUAAAUCUUUUCCUCAAUAUUUUAAACAAAAAAAUAAAAAAUAAAAACAAUGAUACUGCCAAUAUUAUAGAGAAAAAAUAAAAAAUAUUAGGAGCUCAGUGGCGCCUCUCGUUUGACUUGGUGCCAUUGUGGCCCCUGGUUGGCCAUGAGGCAGGGGGAAUCGGCAUGAGGGGAACCCUCAGGAAGUGCUUGGGGGGGCUGCCCUCCCCUCCUUCUCCCUAUUUCCCUCUGUACUUCUGCAGCCACUGGCCACCCCCCCGACCCCCCAAACCACCCACAUAUCAGCAGCUCACACAGCUCCGGACUCACCUCCUGCAUUCGGUCCUUCGAGGGGCACGACGGGGACUCUUACUCUGGAAACUGGCUUCUCGUAGUCGUCGCGGUGAUCUCCAAUCCAUAGCAGACUGUGUAUUUUCUUUUUUCUUUUCAUUUUUUUUUUCUUGCCCUUGCAUGUAACACUUUGUUUGAAGGGGUAUGUAAAAGGUAAUGCCUGACUUGCAUUUAGACUGUCAAAAGAUUUACUGUAUUUUCUCAGCUUGCAGAAUAUUUUCAACAGUUGACAUCAGACUUUGAAACAUUAGUCAUGUAUUUUUUUUUUUCUUCACACACAACCCCUCUCUACCUGUUCAAUUAAAGUGUUACCGCACAGUGUUUUUUUUUUUUUUCUUUCAUUUUUUUUUUUUGGCAUUCACAAUGAGAGUGUGGCAGACAGUGGGACUGAUGAUGUACAAAGAACAAAACGAGGGAUGAACUGCAGCGCUGGAUCCCCGUGUGUUCGGGGGCCUGAGCUCCUCUCCCUCUCCACGUGCACCGCCAGGGUUUGUCAAGAGGCCCGAAGCAUCGUACAAUGUCUAUAACUGACAUAUUUUUGUUCUUUAUUUUUGAAUUGGGAGAGUAAUAAAUGGAAAGAGCUAUAGAUGUUGGCUGAGCUUCUGUUGGAAACAUUUAGUUUUCGGACUCUGGGCAGACUCCAGGCAGCCAGUUAGGGAUCCUGAUACGCCUCCAGGGCCUAGAUAAGGUGUCAAAUCUCACACAUUAUGAUUUCUAUUCAUUACGUGUAUGUAUAUAUAAAUAUAUUUGUGUGUUUAUAUUCCGUAUAUAACAUUACACACAUAAUUGGCACACCAAACUGUGCAUGUGUUAACAUGCCCCGUGUGCUAUGGUUGAAAUACACUCGUCAGCUGUGGUUUGCUGUACACUGGAGAAAAAGAGAUGUACUAUUCAUUUUUCCCUACAUGAAUUUAAUCAGUAAUAAAACGUUUUAAAGGAAUAAAUAUUUGACACAUAA